AUGGUACAGGGAAAGAAGGGUAGUGAUUUGUCGAACGGCACUACCAAAUAUCAACCAUCCAACAUGUCAUUCCCACGCAAGGAUCUGACUGGCCCCAAAGGCGAAGCCAGACAGAAUGGCAACGCGAGCUCCUUCCGCACAGACAGUGCAAUCUCAGGCAACCGGAACCAAGGCGAACGAACACUGCAACGAUGGGUUCCCGAUGCUCCAGCUGAUUUCGAUGGCUCUCUCGAAUCGACCAGAUCGAAGUCGAAUGCUCCUUGGGACCAAUUCGCUGAGAACGAGAAGCGCUUUGGUGUGAAGACCGACUACGAUGAGAACAUCUACACAACUCCACUCGAUAAGGCUCACCCACAAUACAAGCAACGGCUCGCUGAGGCAGACAGAAAGGCGCGUGAGAUUGAGCGAAGUGUAGCCUCCAACUCCCACAUUGCCGAAGAGCGCAUCAGAGACAACCUUGCAGCUGAGGAGAAUGGUGGUCUCGAUGAAGAAGACAAUGGUGUUCGAAGACAGGACUUCCCGCCCUUGACUUCGUCCAAUAAUAAAUAUACCCCACCGGCUAGAAGAGCUCCUACUGGACAAUCCACUGUUGCUGGCGCUCCCGUCGAUCCUGCUAUCAUCUCCUCGCAGCUUGCCCGUCCUGACAAGCCUGCAGUUGAGAAGACAAAGACCGCACCAGCUCCCAAGCAGCUAGCCAAACCUGAGGUGUCAACGCCUCCCACCACAACGGAAUCCAGCUUUGCUGCCACUCCUGAGCCAAAGGCUGUUGCUACUACAUCCUCUUCUGCUAGCCGUACAGCAUCUCCUAAGGUCAAGCCUGACGGCGUCCCCAACGCGACGGCCACUGUUGAGCGCGAUGUCACAACUGCUUUCAAGAACUUUGCUUCACAACAACGAACAAACGUUGAGAAAGCUCGCAUGACCAGGGCCAGAAAUGACAAGGAGAUCAAGCUGAAUGACCUCAAGAGGUUUGCGGAUAGCUUCAAGCUUAACACGCCUGUACCUUCCGAUCUUGUUUCGAUCAUUGCGAAAGAUCCUGUCAAGCAAAAGGAGAUUCAAGAGAAGGCCAAACGCAAUGCUGAGGCAGCCGCAGCCAACCCCUCCGAAGGCGUGAAGCCUAUUGCGCCACCUGCAGAUGUUAGACCGGCACAGAGACCUGUCCCUGCUACUCAUGGAGCAUCACAAUCGACCAUAUCUAAUCGCCAGACUCCUAAUCGCAACCCGGGUUUUGCAAACUCGACACAAUUCCGAGCCCCUGCCCCAAUUCCUCAAUCAUCUACCCAGCCCACUCGAGCACCUGGUACUCUGGGAUCGCGUCUGAGAAAUAUCGAACAGAGCAAGCAGGCUCAAGUUCCACUCACCCCGGGCGCUGUUCAUGAAGCUACCAGACAACCUCCAACUGGUCCUGCAAACAACGUCGAUCCUAACUUCUCUCGCCGUUCAAGUGGCGUAGCAAGCGCUCAAGGCCCUCGAUUGAAUCCUCACAGCACGGAGUUCCGUCCAAGUCCCCAUGCAGCUACCUUCAACCCGAAUGGUAAUCCUAGCUCAGGCUCUAGCCCUAGAUCAGCUGUAAAUACUGUUCCUCCCACUCCUAUCUCUCGAUCUCUACUUCGACGAAAGCCUGUUCCGGAAUCUGAACGGCCUUCGAUCAAGGACAAGUUUAAUGCGUUGGAGUAUAUCAAGACCAUCAAGCCAGCUCCCGAGAAGACCUGGAAGACAACUGGAGGCAUGAAGCCUGCUUAUGAUACUUUCCCACUUUGGCGCCGUGUCGAAGAUGAGGAGAAGCCAGAGUCUACCAUGCACAUGUCUUAUGCUAAGUUGUUCGAAAUGGCUCCGUUCCCACCGCAGCCAAUUUCGUCUCCUAACACUACGCAUGCGAUGCCUCAAGUUCCACAUCAGCAUCAGCUACCUUUCCACCUACAGCAGGGUGUUCAUAACAUGGGUGCCCGUCAAUCCCCACGUCAAGCACCUAUGAACAUGCACGCCAAUCAACAUGUUCAUGGACCGACUCCUCCUUUCAACGGCCAUGAUGAUCAUCGUAUGAUGCCAUCUCAUUCUGCACAAUCGUUUGCCUCUCCGCGUCUUCAGAACGCCCCUAUGUAUCCAUCGCCUAUGGCUCAAUCUGCGCAGAUGGCUUACAACCCACAAAUGAUGGCAUACCCAGGUGCUCCGCCAAUGCAGCCUCAAUACCGCUCUUUGUCACAACAGCACCAAUUCAUACCCCAACAAGGUCAAAUGGGUCCGAUCAUGAUGCAGAAUCCCGCUCCUACAUUCCUCACUUCCCAAGGCAUGGCUCCAGGACCCCAGAUGAUGUACGCUCAGGGUGGACCACCUUUUAUGCCACCAGGAAACGGUCACCCUCCUCAGAUGCCAGGAGUCAAUGGCUUCCCAAGUCCAGGAAGAGGUGCCCCAAUGAUGAUGAGCCAAGGUUCUCAGCAGGGUCACCAACAGCCUAUGUAUGGUAUGACUCCUGGCAUGAGCCCAGGUCCGCAGUUCGCACCUAUAUACCCUCAACAGCCCCCAGGACAGAUGCCUAUGCGUGCUUAUGGCGGUCCCAACCAAUUUGGUACAAGUCCCCAGCAGAUGCAUCAAUUUGGUCCUCAGCAACACCGCAAUAAUCAGCAAAACGGCAACUACGGUAACAAGAACUUCCAGCCCCAUGGAGCUCAUCAGAAUGGUCCUGCCAAUAACCAGGUUCCUACCGGACCUCAGGCUCGAACAUCGGAGGGCAACGAAGAGGCUAAAUGA